UUUAUUAUAUAUAAAAACUCAAAAACCAGGUGGAAUUCUUAAAAACAAAGAUCAAAUUUCAUGGCCGCCGAGGAGGAAGUGAAGCUGUUGGGGUUCUGGGUAAGCCCAUUCGUGCUUAGGGUGGAAUGGGCGCUCAAAAUCAAAGGUGUCAAAUACGAAUACAUAGAAGAAGAUAUCUUCAACAAGACCAGCUUGCUCAUGGAAUUGAACCCUCUUUAUAAGAAAGUCCCGGUGCUUGUUCACCAUGGGAAAGCCAUUGCCGAAUCCUUUGUUAUUCUCGAAUAUAUCGAUGAAACCUGGAAACAUAACCCUUUGCUCCCUCAGGAUCCUCACCAGAGAGCAACAUCUAGAUUCUGGGCAAAAUUUGCUGAACAACAGGUUUUUGAAGGUGCAUGGAAUGCUUUAUGUUCCCAAGGAGAAACAAAGCAAAGGGCUCUGCAAGGAACCAUAGAAUCCAUGGAGAAAAUAGAGGGGCAAAUUGAAGGGAAAGAGCAGUUCCUUGGAGGGGAAAGCAUUGGGUAUUUGGAUAUUAUAUUGGGUUGGGUUUGUUACUAUCUUGAGGUGUGGGAGGAAGUUGGAUGCAUGAAGAUCAUGGAUCCGGUUAAGUUCCCGGCCACCGCUUCCUGGAUGAAGAGGAUGUUGCAGCACCCGGUGAUCAAAGAUGGGUGGCCACCGAGGGAGAAGAUGAUUGUUUACUUCCGCCAGCGUAGCGAAGCUUUAGGUUCUUCUUCUCAUGGGUGGCUCAGGGUUUGAUCGUCAUCGUGUCAUUGUUCUUUGUUUUAUGAGUAUUUGUACAAAUAAAUAAGGGCAAACUAUGCGAACACCCGUCUUUGUUUUUGGUC